AUGAUUGCUCAUACCGACAGCUGUGGCCUGGAGACCAACAUCCAACUGUCAGUUGUAUCAGCCCACAAGCUGGUUGAACUUUACCGCUUAUUUGAUGCUGCUGGGGGUGACUUCCAAGCCAGCCACAAUAAGAACAACUAUGCAAGCAAGCCUCAACAUCUUGUACUUCUCAAUGGUUUCACCUUACAAGAACGUGCAUUAAGUCCAUCCUUGGUAGGCUACCCUCCAGUAACAUCUGUGGCCACACCUCCUGCAGCAAUGGGCACCCAAGUCCCACCACAAGGAGUAACAGUACCAUCAGUUGCAGGUCCUGGGCCAUCCCCUAAUCCUUUGGGCCCUGUGGCAGCAACUCCUUCUCCAGGACCUGUGUCAGUGGGGUCUCCUGCCCCUCCCCAGGCUGGCCAAGCUCAAAUGGUGAGAGCCGGUUCUGUAACCCAGGUGGUGGUUCAUCCCACACCCAACACUCAGCCCAUGAACAUCCCCAACCAGCAGCCAGUUCCUCUUGUUCGAGGUCCAAUGGCUGGAAUGCCCAGAAUGAUUGCUCAGCCUCGACAACGGUGGCCUGGAGGUAAGAUUUGCUAGGCACAGAUGUUGAGUUUUUUUAUGUGCUAGAUAUAUUUUCUGGCU